GACUCACUACUGCUGCUGCUCCUCCUUCAGCUCUCGGUUAGUCUCCCCUAGGCAGACCUUAAAGAAGACCUCUUGGACGGACAGGAGGGCGGUCUUCUACGGUAGUCGGUACUACCAUGUCGACAAUCACUCCGGCGAGCAGUAAGUUCAAGCUCGAGGCUGCCGAGGACCCGCUACGCAUCUUCCGAGAUGAAUUCAUCAUCCCCACAAAUGCCCAGAUGAAGGCGACGACUCUCGCGCCCGCAUUGGCGGACCAACCAUGCACGUAUCUAUGCGGGAACUCCCUGGGUGUGCUUCCGAAGCGGUCGAAGCAGCUAGUCGAGGAGGAGCUGCAGGUGUGGGGAACGCGUGGAGUAGAGGGUCAUUUUGACCAUCCUCAUGGACGUGAAUGGAUGCGUAUCGCGGACUUUGUGCACCCACUCCUCGCCGAGAUCGUAGGCGCGAACGACUCAGAGGUCGCUUGCAUGGGCACGCUUACAGCGAACCUGAACUUGAUGAUGAACACGUUCUACAAGCCUACCAAGGAGCGGUACAAGAUCCUCUGCGAGGUGAAGGCAUUCCCGUCCGAUCAGUACGCGAUCGCCUCGCAAGUAGUCAGUCGCGGAUUUGACUCUAGCGCCAUCAUCGAGAUGUCGCCUCGUCCCGGCGAGUAUACUCUCCGGACAAUCGACAUACUGGACGUUAUCGCACGUGAAGGUGCCAGUAUCGCGCUUGUGCUCUUCAGUGGGGUACAAUACUACACUGGACAGACGUUCGCGAUGGAGACAAUCACCCGCGCGGCCAAGGAACAAGGCUGCGUUUGCGGAUGGGACCUUGCGCACGCUAUUGGCAAUGUUCCGCUCUCCUUGCACGACUGGGAUGUCGAUUUCGCUGUAUGGUGCACGUAUAAAUACCUCAACUCAGGGCCCGGGGCAAUCGGAGGUCUCUAUGUUCACGAACGGUGGGCAGAUGAGCCAAUCAGAGCCGCGGGAUGGUGGGGACAUGAUUCUGCCACGAGGUUCGAUAUGCCUACUGUUUUCGCGCGUAUCCGAGGGGCGCAAGGAUUCCAACAAUCGAAUCCCUCCGUGCUCGCCACCGUCUCUGUACUAGGGUCCCUAGAGGUCUUCAAGAAAGCCGGUGGCAUGCAGCCUAUCCGCUCUCGCAGUUUGCGGCUCACAGGAUACCUCGAGGCCUUGCUGCAUGCGUCCCGCUUUUAUGUGCCCAUAGAGCAAGCGAGUGGCUCCAGUCAAACAGCAAAGGUGGGCGUGACAGUCAUCACCCCUGCUAAUCCGGAAGAACGUGGAGCUCAGCUGUCGCUUCUGUUUCUCCCUACGGGCCGCGGUGUCAUGCCGCUUGUGUUGAAGGAGCUCGCGGAGAGAGGCGUGGUGGGCGACAGUAGGAAACCUGACGUCAUUCGACUGGCGCCCUGUCCUCUGUACAACUCGUUCGAGGAUGUAGAGAGGGGCGUCCAGAUACUGGAAGAAGCAUUGGAGAGCGUCGAGCGGGGUGGUCCGGCCAGUUGAACGACAGUGAGCACGAGGUGUCUGCGUAGAACGGAAGUGUGCAUCGACAUCAGCGGAAUGUAUUAAGUAGAUUCUGUCGCUGUAGUAUGAUAAAUCACGACACGUCUAGAUGGUCAUUCAACUAUGAUAUAUAGAAGAACAUCAAACUGAGUUUUUUCCCCAA